UGUGUGUGUGUGUGUGUGUUAGUGUCAGCUUUAAAAGUACCGUGCAGUACAUUUCGGGACAGACAUUAAGUAUUCUGAUACAAGAACGGAGCGAGUGAAGAAAAAUCUAAACUUUUCCCAAAAGUUUGAAGAGAUAAUACGCGUACUCGGAACGAAGCGGAGGAUUCAUCGCGGAACAACAGCAGAAUACUAACAGAUAAAAAUGCCAGGUGAGCGGUUGUCUGUAAGAGGCAGGUCUGAUGUGGGGCGUUUCCCCGGAGCAGUCCCACCCACCAGGGUGGAGCUGACCAUUCAGAAAGAUGGGGAGAAGAAACAGGAGGAGGGAGGCUGUCGCAGCUUGUUCAGGAAGAUGUGUCCGUGUUGCUGUAAGCGCCAGAACAGCACCUCCACUGAUGUUACAGAUAAGGUGGAAUUUAUCAAGGCCCCGGCCCCAGCCCCGGCCCCAGAGCCCGCAAAGCCAAAGCCUGAGAAUGGAGAGUUGAAAGAAAUGGAAGAAAUAAAGUUGUCGGUGAGUUCUGUGGACCUGCUGAGCUCCAAGACGGGCCGGAACAGAGAGGAGCACCACACCGACUUGUAUCAGGGGGACGAGCUGAUCAUCCGCAGAGGACAGACCUUCCAGAUGGAGCUGGUGCUCAGCAGGCCCUUCAAUGCUGGCAAUGACAAGCUGCAUCUGGAGCUUAAAACAGGUCCCAUGCCCUUGGUGUCCAAAGGUACCCAUGUCAUCAUCCCACUUGUGGAUCACCUGGAGGACGAACGCUGGGAGGCCAAGAUCGUAGAGCAGAACGGCAACAAGAUCAAGCUGUCCGUCAACUCGCCAGCCAGUGCUGUGAUUGGCCUGUAUGGGCUCAUGGUGAAAACCAGCUCGUCAAAGUGCGAGGCGGCAAUGACUCACGACUCCACCAAGAACAUCGUCAUACUCUUCAACCCUUGGUGUGAAGAGGACGCAGUGUUUUUGGAUGAUGAGGAGGAGGCAAAGGAGUAUGUGCUGAAUGACACCGGGAGGAUUUACUAUGGCACAGAGAAACAAAUAGGCACCCGCACAUGGAACUUUGGCCAGUUUCACGAGGGAAUCCUGGAAGCAUGUCUGUUUAUCCUGGAGAAGAGUGACAUGCCACCAUCUGGCCAAGGGGAUCCUGUCAAUGUGGUUAGAGUCAUAUCUGCGAUGAUAAACGCUCAGGAUGACUUUGGGGUUCUGGUGGGGAACUGGUCUGGGGAUUACUCUGAUGGAGUCUCUCCUUCGGCAUGGAGCAGCAGCGUGGAGAUCCUGAGGCAGUACCACUCCUCCAACGGUACGCCUGUGUCAUAUGGACAGUGCUGGGUCUUCUCUGGGAUCACUACAACGGUGCUGCGUUGUCUGGGCAUACCCGCCCGCAGUGUGACCAACUUCCAGUCUGCUCAUGAUACUGACGUGUCCCUCACCACAGAUGUGUAUCUUGAUGAGAAUAUGGAGCCGAUCAACCACCUCAAUAGUGACUCUGUGUGGAACUUCCACGUAUGGAAUGACUGUUGGAUGGCGAGACCAGACCUGCCCCCUGGUUAUGGAGGAUGGCAGGCCGUUGACUCUACUCCCCAGGAAACCAGCCAGGGCACCUUCCGCUGCGGCCCCGCCUCCGUCAAUGCCAUCCGCUCUGGACAGGUCUACCUGAAACACGACACGCCGUUCGUCUUCGCUGAGGUCAACAGUGAUAAGAUCUUCUGGCAGAGGAACCUGGACGCCACUUUCAGACAGAUCCACAGUGAGAAGAGAGCUGUCGGUCACUGCAUCAGCACGAAAGCAGUGGGCUCUGACAAGCGGGAAGACAUCACACACCUGUACAAACAGCAAGAAGGUUCGGUUGAGGAACGCAUCGCCGUGGAGACUGCCAGUCGCUUUGGCAGCAAGCCAUAUGCCUACUCCACGGCCAUGGCAGAGGAUGUGUGCAUUGAGGUGAAGAUGGAGGGCGAGGGGCCCAGGAUGGGUGUUGACGCCAAGCUGAGCAUCCUGGUGAAGAACCUAAGCUCACAGCCGCGUCAAACCACUCUGCACAGCCAGGUGGCCGUCAUGUACUACACUGGUGUGCUGAAGGGAACCAUCAAGAAGGAGCAGAUGCCUGUGGAGCUCUUGCCCAAUGAAGAGAAGACCAUUGAGUGGAUGCUGCCCUACCAACAGUACCAAAACCAGCUGGUGGAUCAGGCAGCUCUGAUGCUGACCCUGUCUGGAAGAGUCAGUGAGACCCAGCAAGUAUUAGCCAACCAGACCACCUUCAGGCUCCGUACACCUGACAUCAACGUCACGCCCUUGGGUGAAGCUGUUGUUGGCAAGGAGAUGGCAGCCAAGAUUACCUUCACCAACCCUCUGCCACGGACGCUGAAGGGGGUGGUGUUCAGAGUGGAGGGCCUGGGUCUGCAGGAGGGCCACAAAGUGGUUGUUGGCGAUGUUGGCGCCCACUCUACAGUGACACUGACAGAGCACUUCAUUCCCACCCAGCCUGGACCCAGGAAGCUGGUGGCGUCCCUUGACUGCAAACAGCUCACGCAAGUGCACGGGGUGGCUGAUAUUGUCGUUCUUGAGCAAUGAGAAGCAACAUCACUUCCUGUCUUCUCACUUGUUCCUCAUAAAAUAUGAGCAGAUAGCCCCUAAUUAUAUGAAAAGUGUAUAUGAAAAUAUUCCUGUAUCUUAAACAAUCUUGUGGGUUUUGUACCACUGGAUAUUUUUAAAACUAUGAGAAGACAAUUAACAACUCUAGUAUUAUCAGUAUUAUUUACUUUUAUACUUAAAUAUACAUUCACACUUAUGCCUUGCUUUGAAAUGUCAAAACUGUGGUGACGUCUGCAGCAUGGUUUAAAACCCUGUGCAGCAAAUUAAGUGCUUUGAUUAACAAGCAUUCUUAUAUUGAAGCUAUGAAACCUGAUUACACAGACCGUCCAAAGACCAAAGAAUGUGAAGCUGCAGACAGUCGGGUCAUGAUCCCGACUUGAUAAUGUAAAUACUGUAUGUUAUAAGAAAAGAAUGUGUAAAGUGCUGUCAGACAAAAUGAACCUCUUAUGGCUUACAUGAAGGAAGGGUACCGAGGGAUGUUUUUUAAAGGGCGUGGUUUGAAAUUCGAUUGACAUUCUGCAAAGGGCACGUUUUUACAAUUUCCCAAGUUUUUUUCCUCGUCAAAUUUAACUGAUUAUUUAAUUAUUGUUGCCAUUGUUCCGUACCAAUUAAGGAUGUAGAUAUCCUAAAAAAUGGGAUCUUCAAUGGACAUGGCUAAAAGGUUGUUUUAAUCACCAGAUGAAAUGCGAAGUUAAGAUCUCCUUUUGCAGAAUGCAAAAACUGAAAGUUCCCUUGGGAAGAAUUCUACCAGAUAUUGUCCUGUGUGUUUCUCCAUCAUAAGGUGUGUAUAUUAACACUGGAGUCAGCUUUACAGUAUAUCCCUGCCGGAUUGGGCUCGUCGCUGCUGUGAAUUCCAGCAAACCAUAUCAGACCACAGUGGCCUUAAUUCGCCUGUGCUUUACCCGGAUUCCCGGCUGUCUAACUUGAGCACUCGAAAUACAAUGUGAAAAAAAAAGUAUUUUAAUAACAAUACACUAUUUAUCUACCAUAUCUAUUUUUCUGGAUUGUAUGUGUUGUGAUAGUAAUAAACCCUGAA